AUGUCUGAACCACUUGAAACGCGUGAAAGCAAACCUCCCCUUUUAAUUCAAACAGAUGAAUUAAAUACUCAUGGUAAUGUCUCUCCAUCAUUUACAGACUUACCUGAAGACAUUAUUGAUACAAUUUUCAAUCAUUUAGAUUUACCCUCAUUUAUUCAUAUGACUUCUACUUGUAAACAGUUAUAUACUAAACAAAAUGAUUUAAAUUUAUUAAAGACAGUUACUCAAUCACCACAAUCAGUUUCAACUAUUGGUGAAACAAUAAAAAAUUACCAAGUUAUUAAAAUGAGUGAACUCAUUGAAAAAGAAUUUACACUUGAAUUACAAAAAAGUCACAACCUUCAAACAAGAGUAAGGUGUGGGUUAAUUGGAAGAAGAUGUUUACAAAAUUGGUUUACUGAUAUUAUCUCCAUUAUUUUACUCUUUUUGUUUUUAUUAUUAGGAGGAUUAACAUUAGAUGGAUUUAUAGGUACAACACCAAUUUUAGUUGAUAUUAUUUUAUUAAUUGUGUUUCAAGUAAUUGCUCCAAUGGCUUCUUCUUGUUGUGGGGCAUUAACUAAGGAUAAUAACUUUAUAGAGCAUAUGACUAAGAAUAAUAGAGAUAAUAAAAUAUAUAAUGGUUUAUUCUCUUAUAUUCGUCAAUUGUAUUACUUUAGUUCUAAAAGGUCUUUCCUUCAUUUUAUUCCAUUUGUUUUAUUAUCAACUUUAGUGUUAUUUUGUCUUUAUUUUACAAAGUACAUUGAUGGUUUUAUCCUCCUUAUUCCAUUAACAAUAUACCUGUUUUGUUUUACAUUUUGUGGGUGUUUCAGUUGUAACUUAUUGCCAUGGGCAUGGUCUCCACCAAAGUUUGAGUGUUGGUGGUUAACUCGAGUUAUUCCUUAUAUUUUUCUAAUAUUCGUAUCUUUGUUCCUAUGUCUUCUAAGAGGUAGUGAAGUAAUUAAGGGAUAUUAUAGUUGUUAUUUGAUACCAUUCCAUAUCGCAAUAGUGACUCUCUUAUGUGAGUCAUGUGUAAUAACUUGUAGUAUCUGUUAUUCAUUACCUGAAGGUAGAUGUAAAAAAAUAUUAUUUGGAUGUUAUGACAAUGAACUAGAAGAGUUUACUGAUGGGAUAGAAGGUAUUUGUGAAUGUUGUUUAUGCAUCCAUUACACAUCAAUCUUUUGGUAUUUUAUUUUGAUUUUACUCUUUAUUGGAUUGAAACUAGAUAAUAUAGUUCAUUGGUACUGGUCAUUAACUCUUAUUCCUCUUGAAAUUUUAUUAUUUAUUGUAGUUGUCGUGGGAGAAUGUUAUGCUCUUUUAUCAGCACAAUGUACAGAAGGGGCAUGUUCAUGUUGUUAUUAUGUUGUAGAUAAUUCAUACAUUUCAUGUUGGAGAUACCCACGAAUAGAAAUGUUUUUUAAGUUUCUUUGUUGUAUUCAAACAAGAGACCAUCCAUUAAGGUUUAUGUGUUGUUGUGAAUAG